AAUACCAAUAAAAAAAAGGAGAAUAGUAGGAGGAAGAAGAAGAAGAAGAAGGGGGUUCUCUUUUCGUGCUUUUCCUUCUCUACCCCUGCAAUCUUCGCCCUCGAUCCGACGUGAAAGUAGGAGCUGUGCUUCGCCGCCAUUCGGAUCCGAAGACCGCCAUCGGCUAGCAGUGGUUACACGAGUCGUUGAACUGCAUUUCCGGUACCGGAGGGGCCGGAUGAUGGGGGGAUUCGGUGGGUUGUUGCCGAUGGAGGGCUGAGUUUUGCUGAUUCGGCGACGUGUUGCUGGAGAUUGAGGUGGACGGGAGCUCGAGCGAGUUGGGAAUGGCGGGAGAUUCGAUUGAUAGGAAGAGUGGGAUCGGAUCUUAAUGCUUGGUGAGGGGUGUGGAGAAUGUCGGCGGCAGCUACGGAUAAUGCAAGGAGUGGCCAUGUUGAAAGGGAUAUCGAGCAGGCUAUUACCGCUCUUAAGAAAGGAGCAUAUUUACUCAAGUAUGGGCGAAGAGGGAAGCCCAAGUUUUGUCCAUUUAGACUGUCUAAUGACGAAUCCAUGUUAAUAUGGUUCUCAGGCAAAGAUGAAAAACACUUGAAACUUAAUCAUGUUUCCCGUAUCAUGCCAGGACAGCGAACUGCAAUUUUUCAGAGAUACCCUCGGCCUGAGAAGGAAUGCCAAUCAUUUUCUCUUAUCUAUAGCGAUAGGUCACUGGAUCUUAUAUGUAAAGACAAAGAUGAAGCUGAAGUCUGGUUCGCUGGUCUGAAAACAUUGAUUUCACGUAGCCAUCAGCGGAAAUGGAGAACAGAAUCAAGAAGUGAUGGAGUAUCAUCUGGAACACAUAGUCCUCGAACAUAUACGAGGAGAAGUUCACCUUUAAGUUCUCCUUUUGGUAGCACUGAUAGUAUUCAAAAGGAUGGAAGCGAUCCGUUACGAAUUCGGAGCCCAUACGAUAGUCCGCCAAAAAAUGGUUCGGAUAAGUCGUUCUCCGGUGCAGUGUAUGCUAUUCCUCCGAAGGGUUUUUUCCCAUCAGACUCCGCUUCUGCUUCAGUUCAUUCAUUGUCAUCUGGAUGCUCUGAUAGUAUAAAUGGAAACAUGAGGGGUAUGAGUAUGGAUGCAUUUAGAGUUAGCCUUUCUAGUGCUGUGAGUUCAUCAAGUCAAGGAUCCGGCCAUGAUGAUGGUGAUGCUUUAGGCGAUGUUUUCUUGUGGGGAGAAGGAAUGGGUGAUGGAAUUUUAGGUGGAGGACAUAAUAGAGUUGGAAGCUCUUCUGGCCAUAAAAUGGACUCCCUCAUUCCAAAAGCCUUGGAAUCUGCUGUCAUUCUUGAUGUUCAGACUAUUUCUUGUGGUGGGCAACAUGCUGCUCUCGUCACUAAACAAGGAGAGAUAUACGCUUGGGGUGAGGAAUCUGGAGGAAGGCUUGGACUAGGAGUGGACUCUGAUGUAUCACAACCUAAACUGAUUGAUUCUCUAGUCAAUAUGAAUAUUGAACUGGUCGCUUGUGGCGAAUAUCAUACUUGCGCUGUUACGCUUUCCGGCGACCUGUACACAUGGGGUGAUGGUACUUUCAACUAUGGCCUUCUCGGUCACGGAACUGAAGUGAGCCACUGGGUUCCAAAAAGGGUUAAUGGGCCUCUCGAAGGUAUUCACGUCUCAUAUAUUUCGUGCGGACCUUGGCAUACAGCUGUUGUAACAUCUGCGGGACAGUUAUUCACUUUUGGAGAUGGAACUUUUGGUGUUCUAGGUCAUGGGGAUCGAAAGAGUGUUUCGAUACCAAGGGAAGUCGAAUCUCUGAAGGGGCUACGCACAGUACGAGCGGCCUGCGGUGUUUGGCACACUGCUGCAGUGGUUGAAGUAAUGGUGGGAAAUUCGAGUUCUAGCAGCUGUUCUUCUGGCAAACUUUUUACGUGGGGAGAUGGAGAUAAAAAUCGGCUCGGGCAUGGUGACAAGGAACCUAAACUCGUGCCUACCUGUGUAGCUGCGGUGGUUGAUCCGAACUUUUGCCAAGUUGCUUGUGGCCACAGCCUGACUGUUGCCCUUACAACUUCUGGUCAUGUUUACACAAUGGGAAGUACAGUUUAUGGCCAACUCGGAAACCCCCAUGCUGACGGAAAGGUCCCUCUACGCGUCGAAGGAAAGCUCUUGAAAAACUUUGUCGAGGAAAUAUCUUGUGGCGCUUAUCAUGUUGCAGUUUUGACUUCGCGAACCGAAGUUUAUACGUGGGGUAAAGGUGCAAACGGCCGAUUAGGCCAUGGGGAUAGUGAUGAUAGAAGCACACCCACAUUGGUUGAAGCAUUGAAGGACAAACAAGUUAGAAGUGUAGUUUGUGGUACUAAUUUUACAGCAGCUAUCUGUAUUCACAAGUGGAUAUCUGGUGUGGAUCAGUCUAUGUGCUCGGGCUGUCGUCUUCCAUUUAAUUUUAAAAGAAAACGUCACAAUUGUUACAACUGUGCCCUCGUCUUCUGCCAUUCUUGCAGUAGUAAGAAAUCCCUUAAAGCGUCCAUGGCUCCGAAUCCAAACAAACCUUAUCGUGUUUGUGAUAGCUGCUUUAACAAGCUAAUGAAGGCAUUUGAGAAUGAUUCCACGUCUCAUUCUGCAGCUAGUAGGAAAGGAGGGGCUGUUCAAGGGCUGAACGACAUGGUUGAUGAGGAAAAGUUUGAGUCGAGAUCUCAAGUACAAAUAUCAAAAUAUUCGUCAUUAGAAUCUUUAAGGAGUAUGGAUGGUAGAUCUAAGAGAAAUAAGAAACUUGAAUUUAGCAGCAGUCGCGUUUCUCCAAUUCCAAGUGCAGGCUCAAAUUGGGGCGCUCUUAACUUCUCAAAAUCUUUCAAUCCAGUAUUUGGAACAUCAAAGAAGUUUUUCUCGGUCUCUGUUCCCGGAUCAAGAAUUGUCUCUCGUGCAACGUCACCUAUAUCGAGAAGGCCCAGCCCUCCUCGUUCUACCACACCAACACCUACCAUUGGAGGAUUAACUUCUCCAAAAUUUGUUGUUGAUGAUGCAAAAAGGACUAAUGACAGCCUAAGUCAAGAGGUGCUUCGAUUGAAGGCCCAGGUUGAGAAUCUCACUCGGAAGGCUCAGCUACAAGAAGUUGAGCUGGAAAGAACGUCAAAACAGCUUAAGGAGGCUAUUGUAAUUGCCGGAGAGGAAACUGCAAAAUGUAAAGCAGCAAAAGAAGUCAUCAAGUCUCUCACUGCACAAUUGAAAGAAUUGGCUGAAAGACUCCCCGUUGGAGCAACAAAAAAUUGUAAACUUUCUUCGUUGGCAUCCCUAAGCUCUACUCCUGCCAUUAAUGACAUCUCUGCUGCAGCCAUUGAGCAAAUGGGCAACUUCAUUAAUACUCAUGAGCCAGAUUCAAAUGGACUAAUGGCCAAUAGUGGAGCUACUUCCAUUGGCCAUCGAAACAGAGGUGCUCAUUCUGAAACAACGAAGAGUGGAAACAAAUUGACAGAUGGAGAUACGAAUCAAGAGUCUGAAUGGGUUGAGCAAGACGAACCCGGUGUUUAUAUCACACUAACAUCUUUGCCAGGUGGUGUUAAAGAUCUUAAGCGUGUUCGUUUCAGCCGGAAGAGAUUCAGUGAGAAACAAGCAGAGCAAUGGUGGGCAGAAAACAGAGCCAGGAUUUACGAACAAUACAAUGUGAGGAUGGCUGACAGAUCCAGCACUGCAAGCUGCACCGGCACUGAUGCAGCUCACUGAACACCUCCACUCCUUAAAUCAUUCAUUCCUUCCCCAAUCUAAAAAUGGUAAGAAAAGAAGAAUUAAAAUCAUGGCACUGCCAAAUUUCUCACUGAUCAAGUUAGCUGUAUAUGUGGCUAAUAUUUUAUUUUAGCCCUUUAAAAAAAAAGGAAAAAAAGGGCUAUUAUAAAAUGGGGUUAUGAGUUGGUUUUUCAUUAUUUUCUUUUUUUUUAAUUAUUAUUAUUAUUAUUAUUAUUAUUAUUUUCUGGUGUGGCGAGUAGAGUUGGUUGGUGUUGAGGAAUGUAUAGUGGCUAGUGUUGGAAUUCUUGUAAUUAGAAGUAAUCAUCAUCUUGGAGAGAUGUAGCAGCCUCUAACCAUUUUUAUCCAUGAUCUUAAGGUUUUAUUUCCCUCCCAUUAAAAAAAAAAAUUGCUUGAUAUUCUUUAUGAUUUAUGAGUGUUAGCAGUUGAUUUUCUGUGCAAGGUUUGUUUUUCUAUAUC